AUGGAAAAUAAUGGAAAUAAUCAAAAGCCACAAUCAUUGGUUAUUGGUUUAAAUAAAAAUAAUAGUACAAAUAUAUCUGAUAAUGAAAAUAAAAACAAUAAUGCAUCAAAUAAUGCUACCACAACAUUUAAAUCAGCAGUUCCCUCACAAAGGCCACGUACAACAUCACCACUAGGUUCAAAAACUGUUACAUUUCAAAAUAACACAAAUAAUAUAAAUAAUACAAAUAAUAUAGAUAAUGAGCCACCACCACAACAAACAACAAAUAUUGAUAGUAAUAAAGAUAAUCCAAAUCAAAUGGAAAAUAACAAAGAAGAACCAAAUAUAAAUAGUUUAAAUAAUAGUAAUAAUAAUGUUAAUGUUAAUGUUAAUAAUAAUAAUAAUAAUAAUAAUGUUAAUGUUAAUAAUAAUAAUGUAAAUAAUAUAGUGUAUAAUAUUCAAAAACAAAGUUUUAAUAAAUUAAAUGGUAGUGGAUCAUUAGAGAUUUUCCAAUUUGACGAAGAGUGCGAAGACGAAAUUAAUGAAGAGUAUCAACAACAGCAACAACAACAACAGCAACAACAAUAUCAAACAGGAUCUGCAGCAGAAGAACCAAAGUAUGUGGAAGAUGAUGAUCAAGAUGACGAGGAUGACCAAAUAAUUACUGUCGAAGGUGGAAAUAGAUCAAGAAGUAACGGUCUUAUGCAAGAAAUGAUUUUGGGUACCAGUUUACCGGUCUGUAUCCCAUCCCGUGUAUCUCAAAGUUUAAAUACAUUUACUCAACAACAACAGUCUGGUGUUGUUUUCCCCACAAACACAACCAACACUGUUAAUACCAGCAGUAGUAGCACCAAUCACCAUAAUAUCUCGCAUAGCUCUACCUAUAAUGAAAAGAAGAAAUAUGUCACACCAAGAGAAAGCUGGGUUGAUAUUUUAAAAGAAAAAGAAGAAAUGGAGUCAUCAUUCGAAAUUUCUCAAUCAUUAAAAAAGAAAAAUUCUAGAUAUUAUAUAUAG